AUGCUGCCUCACAAACCGUCCAGCAAAGGUUCGCCGUCGACAGAGGCAACACUACAAUCACUAUACAACCGUGCAGCGAGAGCGUUCCUUCACCGGGACGUCGCAAUCACGUUCGGAUUGUUAAGCGCUGCAUUCGCACUCCUCCCACCCCCCCUCGCGCCCUCACCUGACCCCCUAGCCGUCCACAGGAGAAAGUGGGAUAUCCUCCGCAUCACCCUCGAGACCACCAUCUUCUCUUCUACCCCCGACCUCGCUGAUUUACCACAACCACUCCGAGAAUCUCUACUCUUGUCUCCCCAAUCAUUUGUUUCUACUUUGUAUGCUCGAUCUCUCACUUUAUUUACUCCUUCAUCUCUACAUCGAAAACCUAGCACCGCAUUCCUUCCACACCAAGUCCUCAUCACACUCGUCGCAUCCAGCCUCAAGAUAGAUUGUCCAAACAUUGGUCGCGAGAUGACAGAGGACUGGUUGUCAAGACGCGGUCAAUACGACUUCGUACCUUCCACAGGUGAAUCAUAUCACAAAGUCCUAGAACUCUACUGUUUGCACGUCUUGCCUCGUUUGGGCGAGUGGGAAAACGUCAGACAAUUUCUGUCAUACGAGAAUGAACUCUCAUCUGACGAAAGACGCGCACUGAAUGUGGCGCUCGACGCUCAACAUGCUCAAGCGCGCGAGAGUACAAGGCGGGAGACGCCAAAACUCGAGACUCCUCCUUCCCCCACACCAAUACCACCAUCCCGCUCUCUAUCACCCGCCUCUUCCUCUUCCUCUCUAUCCACCACAUCCACCCGCACUGCCGUCCCAGCAUCCCCCCGUCCAAAACUUACCCGCCAACAAUCUGCCUCUUCCACAUCAGCAGUUUCGGAUGCUACAGUGACCAGAUCCCCUCGCCACCGCCACGAUCAAAGCAUGCCACAAGGAAGUCCGAGUGCCAGUGGCGUUCGCACCUCCCGCAUUCUAUCAGUCGAUGACAGUCUCACGACUGCGCAGCCCCCAUCUUCCCUAGCACUCAUCCGAUCUUAUUUCAGCCACUAUUUCACCGCUAACAGAAUAGCCACUCUAUCAGUUUUGUUCUUCCUAAUUCCUCUACUAUCUAUGAUCAUACGGAGGCGGCGGCGCUUUGAGACACCUGCAGACUUGGUACGGAGGAGGUUACUAGAAGCGCGUGGUGAUUCUAUUGUGAGAAGGUUGUGGAAUGAGUUGUCGAGGGCGAUUUUAGAUACUGUUAGGAUGGGUGGUGGGGGACUUGUAUAA